AUGUGGGCGGCCGGGGCGGGCGGCAGGGCGGCGUGCCCGCGGGACGCGGCGCUGCGCAGGGCGGCCUUCGCCGGCAACCUGGCGGCACUGCCCGCCCACCUGGUGCCCGGCGGCCGGAGCGUCCGCGUCUUCAUCAGCGCCAACCCCGAAGAUACCAUAGCAGAAAGGAGCGCUCUAAGAGAGCACGUGUAUCCUAAGCUGAGAGAAUUCUGCAGGGAAAACUAUGGGCUGGAAUUUCAGGUCAUAGAUUUAUACUGGGGAGUCGAGGCAGAUGAAUGGGACAGUCCUGAGCUGCAGAAGACUCGCAUGAAGCUGUUAGAAGAUUGCUUGAAAAGUUCUGCAGGUCCAUGUUUUGUUGGCCUACUGGGAGAGAAGUAUGGGAACAUCCGCAUCCCAGGGGAAGUGGAGUCAGCUGAAUUUGAAAUGAUCCUGGAUGCUGCUGUGGAGGCCAAGCUAGAGACCAGAAUUAUAGAAGAGUGGUACUGCAGAGAUGAGAACGCAGUGCCGCCAGCAUAUUAUCUCAGGCCGAAAUCUGAAAUGCUGAAGAGCUUCCAGAAUACAAUGGAACCUUCUUCAAACUCUAUGAAUGAGAACAAAUGGCAAGAUAUAUCAGAAGAAAUAAAGAAGAUUUUUAAGACUGCUGUGAAAUUGCUGUAUGAAAAAGGAAAAAUGAAACACAGCCAAGCAAAGAGAUAUCUUUCCUCUGCUAUUGAAGAUGAACUUGACUUUGCCUUGGGUAAACAAACACCAGCUUUCCUAAAGAAGUGUGUUUGCUACAUUCGGAAAAUUGCCAACAUUGAGCGUUUUGUUAAAAUUCCAGAGAUGGGAAAAUACAUGGAUGUGGUACAUACAGCUGGGAAGUUUCUACGAGAUCCCGAAGCUCAUGAGAAACUGAUCAAGCUCAGGGAUGAAUUCAUUCCUACCAUCGUUGCAUCCUCCAAUCUGAGAGUGUACACCUCUGUCACUCACUGUGACAUGAAACUGGGGUACUCCCAAGAAGUGGAGAAUCAUUACAUUGAAGGACUUGGUAAACAGUUCUAUGAAGACAUGAUCGAUAUAAUCCAGGCAACAGUGCAGCAGAAUUUUGACACCGAGACAGACUUGCUGUAUGAUGAAGUUCUUCAACAUUCAUCACUAUGUAAAACAUACUCCACUUUUUAUGAAUACAGAUGUGAGGCAUUAAACAUAGUUCACAAGUAUGUUCUACCUAGCAAAAUAGGACACAUUAACCCUCUUAUCAUAUACGGAGGACCAUGCACAGGGAAAACUCUUUUAUUAGCCGAAGUGGCAAAGAAGGCCUAUUCCUGGCUGCAAGAAGAAAUGGGACCUGAUUCUGACCCUGUGGUAAUUAUAAGAUUUUUGGGAUCCACUGAAACAAGCAUAGAUCUGAAGAAUAUACUUCAAAGCAUUUGUGAACAAUUAGCAGUCAACUAUCGUUGCCUCGUGCAAAGUUACCCUAAAAAGAUUCAUGACCUCCGGGAUUUGUUCAUAAAUCUCUUGAAUGAGUCCUCAUUCCACAGACCAUUGGUGAUAAUAUUUGAUGCCCUAGAACAGCUAACAGAUAGUGAUGACGCUAGGAAGCUUUGGUGGCUUCCUAUUCACCUUCCCCGUUCAGUACGGAUAAUUUUGUCAACACUGCCAAACAAGCAUGGGAUACUGCAAAAACUGAGGUGCCUUAUUCACGAAGAAGACAACUACAUUGAAUUGACUGCAAGGGACAGAAAGAUGUGUAGCCAAGUACUGAAACAUCAGCUGCUGCGAGUUAAAAGAAAAGUAACAUCAGGGCAACAAAUCUAUGUCAAUGAAGCAUUCUCCAAGUGUACACUGCCCAUGUUUGUGAACUUAACCUUCAGAGAGGUCAAGAACUGGAGAUCUCACAAAGACGUGGAUGAGUCCUCCCUCUGUAUCACUGUACAUGAAAGCAUAGAGCAGCUGUUUUGGUCACUGGAAAGUAAAUGUGGAUCACGACUACUGUCAAGAGCACUUGGUUACAUCACUAUGUCCAAAUCUGGCCUGAGUGAAAUGGAACUGGAAGAUAUCUUGGCCCUUGACAACAGCGUUAUGUAUGAAGUAAGUGAGAGCAUCCGAGAUGGUAACCCACUGAGAAUUCCUUACGUAUACAUUGCAAGACUUAAGGAGGGUUUGCAGGGAUACUUAAUAGAGCGACAAGUGAAAAACGUUACCCUUCUUCUUUGGGCAAAUAGACACUUGCACCUAAUUGCCCAGAAAUUGUAUCUGAACAAUGAAGAAGAUUUGCAGGAAAUGCACACGAUCAUGGCGGAAUAUUUUCUUGGUGUUUGGUCAGGUGGACGAAGAAAACCUUUUUACAGCAAUGACCAAUAUUUGAACAGUUGCCCUGCCCGUGAUAGCAGAGGCUUGAAUGAGGAAGAAAAGCACUGCAUGGAUCAGAUUGCUUUUGACAGGCAGGCGCCUGAUCAGCCAUGGGUUUUUCAGUGUAAUCCCUUAGAGCCUGACAUCUUUUUUAUCAAUCAUAGAAAAAUGACAGAGCUUAUUCAUCACUUGACAAGAUGUGGAAGAACAGAUGAUCUGCUGUAUGGAGUCAUUAUGAACUUCAGCUGGCUGUACACCAUGAUUAGAAUAGGGCAGUUUGAUAAAGCACUUUCAGACAUAGAACUGGCUUACACCUAUUCGCAGGAAAAGGAACUGAAAUUCCUGGCCAGUACUCUCCGCAGUAUCAAGUUCAAAGUAGUAAAAUACCCAGGCUCACUCUCUGCUGAGUUGCAACAGAGGCUUCUGCCAGUAGUAAGUUCACUGCCUAAACUCAGACACCUCCUCUUAGAAUGCGACAAGGACGGGCCCAAGUACUGCUCUAUCGUCCCCUUGCAUUCCUCCAUGGAUGUGACUUACAGCCCCGAGCGCCUGCCACUGUCUUCCAGCUGCAUGCAUGUCACUGAAAUUCUGCCUACUUUUAAUCCCAGUACAAUCAUCGCUGCUUUGGAAAAUGGUUCCAUCAGCACUUGGGAUGUAGAAACUCGCCAGCUAUUGAGGCAGAUUACAACCUCUCCAUCUGUUAUCAUAGGGAUGAAACUUACUAGUGAUGAAAGGUAUCUUGUAGUAGCUACAACAAACAACACUCUUUUGAUAUAUGAUAACAUAAAUUCCUGUCUUUUAUCUGAAAUGGAAAUUAAGGGGUCAAAACAUUGUGGAUUAGGGGGGGGCUCCAGUUUUAUAAAUGGGUUUACAUUAUCAGUCAACCAUGCACUCGCGUGGCUGGAAGCCAGCAAAGAUGUCACUGUAAUAGACCUUCUUUAUGGCUGGCCUCUCUAUCAUUUCCACUGCUGGUAUGAGGUAACAUGUGUGCAGUGUUCUCCGGAUGGAGUUUAUGCCUUCUGUGGACAGUAUCUGAACACAACAACCAUUUUUCACUUAGGCAGUGGAGAAAAGCUGGCCACCGUGACCUCUGAAUUUUCUGGUGGAUUUGUGAAAUUCCUUCUCAUUCUGGACAAGGCCCAAGAAAUGGUGAUGGUGGACAGUGAAGGCAGCCUCUCUGUUUGGAGUACAGAGGAGAUCACAAAUCCCCAGCUUACAGAUGACUUCGAUUGCAGGAGAGAUGACAGUGAGGUUGUCAGCAUAGAGCUUUCUGAAGACCAAAGUGCAAUUUUAAUUUGUAAGGCUCUCAGCAUUGAGCUCCUUGACACUCAUGUGUGGAAGGUAGCUGAAAAGUUUAGAGCUAAACACAAUGAGCACUUUAUAUCUGCUGUGUUGUCCAAAAAUGGCAACUGUAUAAUUGCUUCAAUGGAAAAUACCUCAGCCAUUUUCGUUUGGAGAAGAGAUACGGGACAGUGUAUGGCAAGCUUACAGGAAAUCUCAGGAACUAUAGUCAGGCUAAUUAAAUCAAAUCAUCAUAACAUGCUGCUAUCUUUAUCCACCAGUGGUGUCCUUUCUAUUUGGGAUAUAGACAUCAUAACUGCUAUGUCCAAUAUUGACAAAUCUGGCAAACCUAUCCAAAGGCUGGUGUUGCCAGCCAGAGGUGAAUUAAUAUACACAUUGGAUGGAUCAGAUUCUGUCCACAAGUGGAACUUCAGCACUGGAUAUAUUGAAGCUAUAUUCAAGCACGAAGGUACUGUUGAAAACUGUGUGCUGACCACUUCUGGAGAAAUAAUGGUUACAUCAGAUGAUAAAUGCAGCCAGUAUGUAUGGCACACUGUUAGUGGGGAAAACAUCUUUCGCAUUAAUGGGCAAAAAAUCUCAGAGCUAAUGAUAACUCAUAAUGAUCAGUUUGUAGUCUCCCUCUGUGAGCAAAAUGCAUCCAGAGUUUGGCGACUGGCCACAGGACAUAGGGUUUGCAAUAUUUUAGUUGCCUUACAGAAUGCAUUUAUAACAACUGCAAAUACAUUUGUGGUUGGAAUGGCAAAGAAUAAAGUGUUGGCAGUGAGUCUCUGGACAGGCAGUAUAACCAAGAAGUUUUGCUGUGAUGAUGGUGCAAGCAUUGUAGAUGUCAAACUGAUACCAGACUGCCCAGAUAUUAUAGUAUUUAUAACAUCUACUGAAACUGUGAACAUCUGGAGCUUAACAGAGGAAGUCAUCUGCAGACGUGUACAACUGCCUACCAAUUUCUUGAAAAAUUUGGAAGACUUUGAGAUGUCCCCAAACGGCAAGCUAGGAAUUAUAACCCGUGGUGAUGAAAACAUUAAUGUGCUUGAUCUACACAGUGGAAAACUUCGUGUGGUUCACGCUCCAGGUGUUAUCUGGAGGCAAAGGCUGUCUCGUGAUGGCCGCUAUCUUGUGUACAUCUGUUUUCUCAAUGAAGAUGAUGACAAUGGUGCAAUCUCUAGUUUAAUUGUAAUGAGGCUAGCGGAUGGCAAAAACAUCGGUGCCUGUUCUCUUUAUAAGACUCCCACUUUCCUUACACUCUCACAGAGACAUUUAAAUAUUAUUAUUGGAUUUGAUGAUGGAAGUAUAGGCACUUACACUGUAGUGGAUCGAGUCGACGCAGCACUGAAAAUCAAAAUUGCUACUUCAAACAGCCGUCAGAUUUUCAACAACACGACACAAGUGAUUAGACCAAAAUGUCACAAUUAUAGCUUCAAAGUGACUGCAGACUGCAUAUGGAGGGAAUCAACUGAAGUGUUCGCCAGGGAUAGCCCCAUUACAGUUAUAGAGCCUGAGGUGAGUGAAGCAACACCAACCAAAAAACACAACUAUUGCUAUGAAAAGGUGUGCUCAGCCAUAGACUGCAGAGGACAUAGUUUUGCUACUGACAACUGAGCAUCUGUCCUGACUAGUUUACCUGAGUAAUAGUAUUCAUGCAUCGAUUUGUCUUCUGAAUUCAAGUAAAAAUCAGUGCAUUUCUUGGAAGACAUUAACAGCAGAGGGCAGACCAGCUAUUUUUUCCUUCACAAAUAUUCUUACACUUACGUACAC